ACGAAAAAGACGAAAAUUUGCGUCUAAUUUUUGAUAAUAUUAAUGUAUGGAAUGAAUUUACCUAUCGCUCACGAACUUUUACUAAGUUAGAAUUUGACACGCCACUUUCAACAAGAAAAUUCACCGGCUUAUUUAGAAAUCCCGAACUAACUUCUCCACAAGGUUUCCAGAAAGAAGCUGAAAAGGCAGUAAGGAGAGUAAAAUUGUUGAUAAAUAGAAUUACUAACGCUAAUACCGACGAAGAACUAAGGAAGGUGGUCAAAAAUUUGGAUAGAUUAUCUGAUAUACUUUGUUCGGUAAUUGACACAGCUGAGUUUGUGCGAACAGUUCAUCCUGAUCAAAAGUUUUCUCAAGAAGCAAAUCGAGUUUAUGAGUAUUUAUGUUCAUUUAUGAAUUCAUUGAAUACCAAUAGGGAAUUAUAUCAGGUAUUGAAGCGGGUAAUAUCAACGCCAAGCAUUUCUUCUCAAUUUUCAUCAGAAGAACGUCAAGUAGCUCACAUUUUCUUGAGAGAUUUUGAAAAAUCCGGGAUACAUCUUCCUUCAUCAGAUCGUGAUAAAUUUGUUCAAUUAUCUGAUAAGAUUAUUACGCUCGGUCGUAAGUUUACACACAGUCAAAUAUUGAAAUCAACAAAUAUAAUUGAAGUGGAUGCAUCAUGUCUUGAUGGAUUGCACACAGGAUGGUCCACAAAAAAUAGUGAUACCGCUAGGUUAUCCACUAAGCCUUGGGAAGCUCAAAUGGUUUUGAAACUAAUCAAAGAUGAAAAUAUUAGAAAGAAAAUGUUUAUUGCUUCUAAUUCAGCCACAAAAGAACAAAUUGAUUUACUGGAGAAUUUGUUGCGUACGAGAGGAGAGUUAGCAAGGUUGCUAGGGAUGGAUAGUUAUAGUCAUGUCUUUCUCAUAGACAAGAUGAUAAAAAAUCCUGAUCAUGUGCAAAAAUUUUUAAGAACACUUGCUGACCAUCACAGACCAAAAGCUCUUGCUGACCUUUGCCUUCUGAGAGAAGCCAAACGGCAAGAGAUUAAAUGUAAAGAAUUACCAAUUGUUAAUGCUUGGGAUCGGGAUUAUUAUACUGAAAAAAUUAAAGCCUCUUCAGCACAACCUGUGACCCCUAUAUCUCCUUAUUUUUCUGUUGGUUCUGUGAUUCAAGGCUUAUCAAGACUGUUCUCCAAAUUAUACGGUAUUUCGUUUGAACCUUCUGAAAUACUACCUGGCGAGACAUGGCAUGAUGAUGUUCGUAAGCUUGAUGUAAUUGAUGAACAAGAAGGAAAGAUAGGAACAAUAUAUUGUGAUCUUUUUAAUCGACAUGGUAAAUAUCUAAACGCAGCUCAUUAUACAGUGAGAUGUUCUAGACGUGUUGAUGAUGACGACAGUGUUAGGGACAUUCCACCUGAUAUGGAUAUUUCGGAGAUAGGAGAAUUAGCAACAUCGGAGCAAGGGGUAAGACUUCGUGGCAGGAACGGAAGAUAUCAAUUACCUAUUAUUGUGCUUACAUGCGACUUUGCAAGACCGAAGGGAGAUGAUGGUAAACCUAGUCUAUUAAGCUUGGUUGAAACUGAGACUCUCUUCCAUGAAAUGGGACAUGCUAUGCAUUCAAUGAUUGGGCGUACAGAUUUUCAUAAUGUUUCUGGUACUAGAUGUCCAACAGAUUUUGUGGAACUACCUUCCAUACUUAUGGAGCAUUUUGUCUAUUCACCCACUGUCCUCUCGCUUUUUGCAAAACAUUAUGAUACUCGAAAACCUAUACCGUUAGACCUUAUUAGCUCACACCUUAAAGCACGUUCCCAAUUUUCAGCAAUGGAGACACAAUAUCAAAUACUAAUGUCAUUAUUAGAUCAAAUUUACCAUUCCACGUUGGCUAUGUCUACUGACUUUGAUACUACUGCUAUUUUAGCUAACCUUCAGGAUACUGUUGGCCUAUUUCCUUCAGUGCCCGAAACUGCAUGGCAGAUUCAAUUUGUACAUUUAUUUGGUUAUGGAGCGGGAUAUUACAGCUAUCUUUUUUGUCGAAUGUUGGCUGGAAAAUUAUGGAAACAGGUAUUUGAAAAAGAUCCAUUAAGUAGAGAAGCAGGACAAAGGUUUCGAGAAGAAGUUUUAAAAUGGGGUGGGUCGCGGGAUCCAUGGCUAUGUGUUGGUAAAGCCUUACAAGAUGAAAAGAUCACAGUUGGUGAUAGUGAAUCUGUCUCUUUUGUUGGAGAAUGGGUAGAUUGCUUAUAA